AUGUCCGAUGGUGAAUUCAGUGAUGAUGACCGCGAAUCGAUGCAUUCGGCGGACGACACCGGAUUCAUGGGGUUUCCGGAAGAGAAACUCGCUGUCCCUGUACGGAGCGCCAUUGUCCGGAACCCGAAUCAGCAAGUGCAACAACAAGUUCCAAGGGAACUACAAGGCCUGUUCCGGCUUCGAGAGCAGAUGAGGCAGAGGAUCGUUGGUGUCCGUCGGAACCUGCAGAAGCAGAAGCAGCUUGCUGUGGGACCGCUCAAGGUCAUGAAGGAGAUGCUGGCGGCCGCCUUCAAAGAAUAUAACGGGUGCCACAAUGAAGUCAUGACGUGGAUAACGGACGACGAACUUCCGGCUCAAGUUGCGAUUUACCAAGAGUUCGAAGACAUGUACUUCGAGGUCUCGACGACUGUGGAAGAGCUGUAUCUGGAGGCCAAGAACCGAGAUGCAACGCCGUCGAAUACCAAGCCGCAAGUUGUUGUCCAGCAACGCCCCUUGAAAGUGCCAAUCCCCUCGUUUGACGGCAGUUACGCAAACUGGCCGAAAUUCAAAGCCAUCUUUCUAGACCUGAUGGCCAACUCCGGGGAUUCAGACGUGGUGAAGUUGUACCAUCUCGAAAAGGCGCUAGUCGGGGAAGCCGAAGGGAGCAUUGACGCGAAGGUGUUGAACGAGGGUAACUACAAACAAGCCUGGGCUGACCUCGCUGAACGCUUCGAUAACCUGCGUGUGAUCGUCGAGUCUCAUCUACGAGCCCUGCUGUCGCUGAAAAGGAUGACGUCCGAGUCGCAUAAUGAAUUGCGAUCUCUGAUAAACGAAGUUACGCGCAACGUGGAGAGCCUGCGGUACCUGAAACAGGAGUUGACUGGCGUGUCCGAGCACAUGCUUGUAUUUCUGAUCACUAACGCGCUCGACCAGUCCACACGUAAAGCCUGGGAGGCUACGCAGAAGAAGGGAGAGUUACCGAAAUACGCUCCGACCAUGGAGUUCUUGAAGUCCAGAGCCCACAUUCUGGAAAACUGUGAGGUGGCGUUCGAGUACCAAAGCCCACCAGCAACCAAGCCGAAACCUACGUUCAAACCAGCCCAGAGAAGUCAUGCCGUGGCGGCCAUUCCGGCAUCCGAGUCGACGUGUGACUUUUGCGGUGGUUCCCACGGUAACUACCAGUGCUCGACCUUGACCUCUCUGUCCAUGCCCCAGAGGAGGGAAAAGGUGCGAGUAGCUGGACUCUGUUACAACUGUCUGCGAAAGGGACACUUCGUGAGCGGGUGUCCUUCUACGAAAGCGUGCCGAAAAUGUGAAGCUCGUCACAACACGUUGUUGCACGAUGACGCAGCGUCACUCCCUGGACGUGCCGUCCAGCCCAAGCCAUUAGUCGUUGCCGAAGCAACAGCACUCCAGCCUGCCGUAGAGGAGGCGCCGAGUUCGGAAGAACGUCAUGUGUCUGCAUCCUGCUCAAGCCUGUUUCCCACCAGGUCCAAGACUGUUCUACUGCUGACCGCAGUGGUAGAUGCCCUCGACAAACACGGCAAACCCCAACCUUGCCGUGUUCUUCUCGACAGCGGUUCCCAAGUCAAUUUCGUGACCGAGGAACUGGCCAACCGUUUGGGAGUAAAGAAGCAGCCAGCAAAUGUCCCUAUCACCGGAAUCAACGAGUUGCGAACCCACGCCCGCGACAAGGUUCUAGUGAAGUUCCGAUCCAGAGUAUCCUCUUUCGCCUGUGCGCUUGAGUGUCUGGUCACACCGAAAGUGACUGGAAAAAUUCCAACAAGAAAGAUCGACGUCAGUGGUUGGCGUCUUCCGGAAGGAGUUGUACUGGCCGACCAAGAUUUCCAUACCCCAGACAAGGUGGACAUGCUGAUCGGCGGCGAACUCUUCUUUGACAUCCUGAAACCAAGGCACCUCCGACUGUCAGAUAAUCUGCCACAGUUGCGAGAAACCCAUUUGGGAUGGGUCGUUGCUGGGGUCCUCAAGGAACCGUACGUCGCGGACGUACCAAUUCAGCACUCUAACAUGGCCACCGUGGAGGACGUCGAGACAAUGAUGAAGCAGUUCUGGAAAGUUGAGGAUUUGCCGGACGUCCCGAAACUUUCGCGAGAAGAAGCUGCUUGCGAAUCUCACUUCCUGUCCACCUAUCGACGUGACCCAACAGGAAGAUUCGUGGUCCAGCAACCCUUCAAGAAAAACGUGGUCAAUCUGGAUGAUUGCAGAGAUCUUGCCCUGAAGCGAUUCCUGAUGCUCGAGAAGCGAUUGAUGCGAAACCCGGAACUCCAAACCCAGUACAUCCAGUUCAUUUGA